AUGGCCGCCGGCAGUGCGCGCAUCGUGAGAUACAUUCUCUUCGCCUUCUUCUUUCUCGCAGUUCUUUACUUCGUAUCCCAUUCCACAUAUGAAGGGGUUCAACUCAAACCCUCUGCAUUCGGAGCUAGCCAAGGUUCCUCAUCGACGAGGCCAGAUAAGUCAUUCGACGAUGUUGGUGGGGCAUCGUCUGGUUGGGGAAGCAAGCCGGAUGGUUCGAUCAACAACGCUCCAGGAUCUACGAAGAGUUCACCAUCAAAGCCCGGCGCAGGAUCCCCGAAACAAUAUGAAGACCUCGCCGAAGCUCCAAUGGCAUUGACACCGUCAGAUCAAGGGUGGAAUGACCUUCUAGGAACCGCCCCUGGCCCUCGUAUGAACGCUACUUUCGUCUCUCUUGCCCGCAACAGCGAUGUGUGGGAAAUUGCUCGUUCUAUUCGCCAAGUCGAAGAUCGCUUCAACCGCCGCUAUAAUUACGAUUGGGUCUUCCUCAAUGACAAGCCAUUCGAUGCGACUUUUAAGAAAGUCACGAGCUCCCUCGUGUCUGGCAAGACUUACUAUGGCGAGAUUCCUCAUGAACAUUGGUCUUUCCCCGAUCACAUCGACCAGGAUAAGGCGCGGAAGGUUCGUGAAGAUAUGGCGCAGCGCAAGAUCAUCUAUGGUGAUUCCGUUAGUUACCGACACAUGUGUCGCUUCGAAUCCGGUUUCUUUUUCCGUCAACCACUCAUGUUGAACUACGAAUGGUACUGGCGAGUCGAGCCCAGUGUUGAGCUUUUCUGCGACGUUCAUUACGACCCCUUCCGUUUCAUGGCCGAGAACAAGAAGAAGUAUAGCUUCGUGCUUAGUCUGUACGAAUACGAGGAGACUAUUCCUACUCUCUGGGAUAGCGUAAAGAAGUUCAUGAAGAAUUACCCCGAACACAUCGCCGAGGGUAACUCUAUGGCUUUCCUCAGUGAUGACGGUGGUGAGAAAUACAACAAAUGUCACUUCUGGUCUAAUUUCGAAGUUGGCAACUUAGAAUGGCUGCGAUCUAAGGCCUAUACCGACUUCUUCGAGUCGCUUGACCAAGAUGGUGGAUUCUUUUACGAGCGAUGGGGUGAUGCACCGGUACACUCCAUCGCCGCUGGCCUGUUAUUGAAGAAAGAAGAAAUCCACUUCUUCAACGAUAUUGCCUAUUACCACGUCCCCUUUACUCACUGUCCAACCGGCGAGAAAACGCGGUUAGAUCUCCGCUGUCACUGCAAUCCGAAGGAAAACUUUGACUGGAAAGGGUACUCUUGCACAGCAAGAUACUUCGAAAUCAACGGGCUUGAUAAGCCGCAGGGUUAUGAGGAGCAACAGGAAUAG